AUGGAGUCUCUGCUUCAAGACCUGAACUCCACCCACUUGUAUGGAACGAUCCUAGCCAUCCUCAUUCUAUCGAUCCACGUAUGGUUCAAAUCGACCUCAUCUCGCAAGCUCAAAACACCACCCGAAGUUGCCGGUGCAUGGCCCGUCGUAGGGCACUUGCCCAUACUAGCGAAAUCCCAACAUCCUCACAGGACCUUCGGGUCCAUGGCCGACGAGUACGGACCGAUCUUCACCGUCCGGGUCGGGUUGUUCCCGGUCGUGGUGGUCAGCAGCUCCGAGAUAGCCAAGGAAUGCUGCACCAAGCACGACCUUGCCCUCGCGUCUCGUCCACUGCUGUUGGCCACUGAAGUCAUGGGCUACAACCACGCCUUUUUCGGGUUUUCUCCUUACGGUCAGUAUUGGCGCGAAGUGAGGAAAAUCGCCACCACCGAACUGCUCUCUAACCGGAGGAUCGAGUCGUUGGUCAACCCCAUCGUGGCCUCGAUGACGGAUAUUGCCAUUAGAGAGUUGCACAAGCUUUGGACUGAGAAGAAGAAUGAUUCAGGCCACAUCUUGAUUGACUUGAAGCAGUGGUUUGCAAACUUGUCUGUGAGCAUUGUCCUUAAGGUCGUAGCCGGUAAGGGCUACUGCAACGGCAUCGCCACCGCGGAUGAGGAAGAGGAGCAGCGGUGGCACCAUGCCUUGGUGGAAUUCUUGCAUUUCCUAGGGGUCUUCACGGUGGCGGAUGCUCUUCCUUUCUUGAGAAGGUUGGACUUGGGUGGCCAUGAGAAGUCCAUGAGGAGGAUCGCAAAAGAAUUGGACACAAUCCUAAGUGGCUGGUUAGAGGAGCACAAAAGGAACAGCAAAAGUACGAGUGAGAAGGGCGGUGAUCGAGAUUUCAUGGACGUCAUGCUUUCGACCAUCAAUGGCAAGGAAAUGGGAGGUUACGAUGCUGAUACAGUCGUCAAAGCUACAUGCCUGGCCAUCAUCUCAGGUGGUACGGAUACUGUGAUGAUCACCCUAACAUGGGCGGUCUCUUUGCUGCUAAACAAUCUUCCCAUUUUGAAGAAGGCUCGAGAAGAACUAGACGCUCAAAUUGGUAAACAAAGAUACGUGAAUGAAUCAGACAUGGCCAACCUAAGUUACCUACGUGCCAUAGUGAAGGAGACCCUGCGAUUACACCCGGCCGGCCCGCUCGCCGUGCCACAUGAAUCAACCGAAGAUUGCCUCAUCGACGGGCACCACGUCCCUAAAGGGACGAGGUUGAUCUUCAACUUGUGGAAGAUCCAAACCGAUCCAAGAGCAUGGCCAGAACCCAUGGAGUUUAAGCCCGAGAGGUUCUUCCACAAAGAUGUUGACGUGAAGGACCGUAAUUUCGAGUACUUGCCAUUUGGAGGUGGUAGGAGAAUUUGUCCCGGGAUGUCCUUUGGCCUUCAAUCGGUGCACUCUAUGCUCGCUAGGCUCCUGCAUGCGUUCGAGGUAUCGACUCCGGACAAUUCCCCAGUGGAUAUGCUGGAGAGCUUCGGAAUAACGGUCGAUAAGGCGACGCCGCUCGAGGUAAUGCUCGCGCCGAGAUUGCCAAACGAGGUCUACGAAUUUGCGUGAGAAACAAGUUAGAUGGGUAAGUUACUAUUAAAAGUUAUGUGGGUAAGUUACCAAUAAAUGAAUUGGCUCUCCAUGCCUAGCUUUCGUCCGAUCAUUGGCAGUUGCACGUCCAGACAAUCGGUGACCUGGAUCCAGUUUGUCUUUCGUGAAUAAAUAGGAACAGGGUUGGUGCUUCACUAAAGUCGUUUUAUCUGUUGCUCUGAUUAUCUAUUAUUUGUUUUCUUUU